AAAACCGACCAAAAAAUUCAAAGUUCUCCAAAAUAAAAACCAAGUGUUUAAAAUACUUAUUUGAUGCAUUUGGCUAAGAAAUCAAGUAAGACACUUUAAAAACCACGUCAUUUGAGUGAAAACCACGGCUAGCCAAGUUUAUGCCGUUUUGAAUGAUUUUUGUCAAACGACCAAAAGCGAAAGAUGGUUUUCAAGGUGUUUUUGUUGGAGAACCGUUUAAACAUGCCAAAGAGUGAAAACCAAUCAUAAAAGAACACCGCUGUACAAGGAACAACAGCGCUGUCCCAACAGCGAUGUCGCCUCUAGAACAUCGCUGUUCUGGUCAAAUUUUUCAAAAAAAAUAUCCGUUGCACCUGCUUUAAUUGCUCCAACAGCUCUUUUUUCAAAUUUUUGAACGUUGGCCACCCUCUCUCCUAUAUAUUUGGACCCCCUCUUCUCAUUUUUACACACAAACACAAACUUCUUCAAUCUCCUUGCAUAUUUUAUCCUCUCUAAUAUUCUUUUUGAGAUUUCUUCAUCACCAUGGCCAAAGAUAAGAACAGGGCAGGAGCUUCCGGAAAAUCCAAGGCCAAAUCCCGGGCACCGGUAACCAAUCCCGAGGAUCGCAUUGACUACGGCGACGGGACGUAUCUCUGGUUCGAUUCCGAGGAGGAGCGCACCCGUUUUCUCACCUUCUUCUCUAAACGGGUUGUGGCUCCCCCACGAAUCAUCCCUGAGCGUUACCCUGAGUUGCAGGGCUACGACGAUCUCGACGCGCAGCUUCAUCAAUCCGGCCUUUGGCCGUUUGUCUCCCGGGCACGCAAGGAGAUCAACCCGGCGCUGAUUCGGGCCUUCUACUCCAACCUCCGCCGUGAGGACAACGUGCUCUACUCGCUUGUCAAGAGCACGCCGAUCGAGCUCACCGUGGAGCGGCUUGGACGCAUCGCCGGCCUCCCCUUCCAAGGCGACGAUGUGUCACACUAUGGUGGAGAGGAUUGGGUGCUCAACAAUGAGGGCCUUAUUCUCAACGAGCUUGGCAUCACCGAGCUUAAACGCCAUGCCUCAGGCCGCCCAACCAUCCACUCCGCCAGACCCGAAGGCCGCCUGGUCCUCUACAUCGUCACCCGAAUCCUCAAACCUAGGAAGCACGGCCACACCAUCAUGCACGGUGAAGACCUCAAACUCAUGCACGCAAUCAUGCACUCGGCCCCAAUCAAUUGGGCAAAGUUUGUCAUGAUCAACAUGACGAUUGCUGCGUCCACCGAGCACGACCACCUCCUCCCGUACCCGUUCUUGGUGAUGGACAUCCUUGAACGGUUCAG